GAUUCAAAAAGUGUCAAUUUCUAUAAUUCCAUUCCGACGUAAACGCAGCAUAGAACCGAGCAGUGACAGGUUAUGCUGCUGCAUUCAAGUACUAUCGGCAGAAGGGGAACAACUACUCCGACGUGGGAGUGUUCACGCAUCAUUCUAAAGCGUGGGAGAUGACAUCGGUGUGUUAAGAUCUAAACCUGCCCUGAACGCGUCAUAAAUCACUGUCUGAUUGAUUGCCAUCGUGGGAGGCUGUUCGGGAAGAGAUGGUUCGGUGGGGGGGGGGGGCAAAUGGCGAGCGCACAACGCAGAGACUGUGUGAGAUGGUCCGCCUUCUCCAGAUCUGCUUCAUCAUCUCCACUCACGAGCCUCACUUGUAGCUCACUUAUUUUAGAUCCAGCCGGUGGGGGGCGAUGUGCAGAAACGAUAGUGGCCGUGGCCACAGAAGAAGAGGAGGAACUCGCUCUCGACUGCAGCGAAUUAAGCAAAUGAAGAAGUGCAGCUUUGUGAGAAGAUAGCAAUACAGUCACCGUAUGUCCGCGGCCUUGAGCGACUGAAAACGGAGAUAAAAAUACACGUUGACGGCACUCUGGUUUUUUAAAUUAUGUGGACACUGAAUCCAGGGCAUCCAGGUUCAAGUUAAGGAUCGUGGAUGAAAAUUUAAAGACGCUAUUUUAGCGAACAAAAUAAACUUUUUCAAGCAUUUGAGACGCACGAAGAAAGAAACCAGUAAACCUCUGAAUUGAGUCAUGUCUCGCCGACGAAGCCGCAGCACAUCACCAGGGCGUUAUUCGCGCUCCUGCAGCAGUAACGAUCCUAGAGAUUUGGAGAGAAGGAUUUUUGUCGGGAAUUUGCCAACCUCCGACAUGGAAAAGAAGGAUUUGGAAGACCUGUUCAGCCCAUAUGGGAAAAUAGUCGGCGUAUCCAUGUUUCGUGGGUUUGGAUUUGUACAAUUUGAACGCGUUGAGGAAGCCGAAGCUGCAAAGGCGGCCCAAAAGGGUCGAAUAUAUAAAGGUUAUAAAAUAGAUGUAAAUAUGGCAGUGGAGAGACGGCAAGCUAAACCUCAAUCCCAGCAGAGCCCUCCACGAAGGGCCCCGUAUGGCAGUUAUGGGGACAGCAAAGAGCCCCGGCCUCGGUCCCGUUCACCCGUUUAUGGGCGUGAUGGACGUGAGGGGCGGACGUGACGUGACGGACGUGAGGGGCGUGAGGGGCGUGACGGACGUGACGGACGUGAGCCUCGGGAUAGCCGUGAUGGGAGGGACUCGGGUAGAGAGCAGAGGCCGGGUGGCCACUCUCGUGACCACGAUUACCGAUACCGUAGCUCAGAGAGCAGAGACAAGGACCUCAGAGGUGACCCGCGGGAUCCUGCCUACAGCAGAGAUGACUAUGACAGAUACUACCGCAGUGGCAGUGGUGCAGAAGACUACUACCGGAGGAAAGAGGAACCCUACAGGGACCCUUACAGAGAUCCCUGGAAUGGACGCCGUGAGCCUGAGGCGGAUGAUCGUGCUCGACCAGAAGAGCGUCGGCGUAAUGAAUUGUAUCGACAGUACUAUGAAGAACUCCAGCGGCGUUACGACACUGACCGUCCUGUUGACUGCUCUGUGAUUGUCGUCAACAAGGCGCAAAAGGAGUAUGCUGAGACGGUCGGGCGGAAGGUCCGUGAUCUGGGCAUGGUGGUGGACCUUAUUUUCCUCAACACAGAAGUUUCACUAACCCAGGCUCUGGAGGAUGUAGGCCGAGCCCGCACUCCCUUUGCCAUCAUCAUUACCCAGCAGCACCAGGUCCACCGGUCCUGCACCGUCAACAUCUUGUUCGGCACACCGCAAGAGCAUCGAAACAUGCCAAUGCAGGAUGCCAUGAUGCUAGUUGCCCACAACUAUGACGCUUACAAAGUUGAAAACCGUGAAAAAGAGCGUGAGGAGAUCGCCAGAAAGGCUGCAAAGAUGGCAGACGAUGUAUUACUCAGAGAGCCUGAUCGAGAGAGCCACCCCGUUUCUGUGCUCACUGCCAUUACGCUGCUGUCCGAAAACAGAUUUUUAACGCCUGAGGAACUGGAUGGUCUCAUUGCGUACCUGAAGGACAAAAGAGCCCGGCUGGUACGAAGCGCCGCAGACCCUCUUUCAGCUGCAGUCCAUGUUGCAGCUCCCGCAGACGUUCCGUCCUCAGCUGCAGGACUGCCCCCUCCUUCCCAUUCUACUCACACACCCCCACAGCCCAGCCACCUCGGCCUAUCCACUGCUGCGAGCGCCUCAGCUAACCCCAGCCAUCAGCAGGAGCUGCAGGCUAAAAUCCUCAGCCUGUUCAAUAGUGGCACCGGGGCGUCAGUAGUUGCUGCUGGGCUGCCCUCCACUGCCUCCCAGCCACAGGCCUAUGGUUCCCUUGGCCCACCCCCUACACAGAACCAGCCCCGCCCAGCCAUGCCUGGCCCUCCUCCAGCUGGAUCCCAGGGUUACGGCACCCCACCGUGCCGCAUGCCAGUUGCAGCAACUGGUCAGAGACCCCCAGCCUCUGCUUCAGGUAUCAAUUUUGACAACCCAAGUGUCCAGAAAGCUCUGGACACACUCAUUCAGAGUGGACCGACUCUUAACCACCUAGUAGCCGCUGGGGCCGCUCAGCAGACACCCCAGAGACCAGCAACGGGCAUGGGCCAAGUCCCGACUAUGUCCAUGUAUCCCCGACACUACUGACAGGGUGUAGAUAAUUACUUCCCCUAAUGUGAGGUCCACCUUUCCCUCAGAUACAAGUAGACACCACAUGAAUUCUCUGAAGUGAGUUUACCAGCUGUGUAUAGAUGGACUGUAGGGUUGUUUUGUAAAAGCUUUUAGGUUUUUUUUUUUUUUUUUUUUUAAAUCUUUUUAUUCUGGCCAUUGGUCUGUUAAAUUUGACUUGUUCAGAUUACUUAUUGGUCUAUAUUUUCAGUUGUUAUUACACAGAAUAUAAUUGAGUCUUCUUACAUGCGAGUUAAACGAUGAAGAUAUGUUGCAUGUGUGAAGUAUGUUUUUGUUCUUGGACAACUUAGUUCUUUUCCAACCAUGAUCUGUUGUGUGUUUUAUAGUUUUGCAUAGUGUCUUUUUAAUUUGUAACACUGUGUUCAUUGUCUAAACAAAGGCAUGAUUAAAAACUCGAGACACAAUUGCUGUAAUAAAAUGGUAUUGGUUUAUUGCAUUUUGUGCUGACAAAUCUAUAAAAUGGAACGGGUAUCGCCAGAAGCCAUAGAGAUAUAAGCAUUUGAAAUGUAAGAUAAAACUACUUCUUCCUCUUUUGAAUGUACCAUGAAACACAAUAGAGAAUAAUACGUUUUAUUUUAGAAUAUUUAACUUACACUGACACAAAAAAUAAACACCUCCACA